AUGAAUAAAUUUAAAAUUACACCAUUUAAAGAAAAUGUACCGAAUAAGUCAAAUUUAUUUCCAACACCUCUAAGAUGUUUGAUUAUUGGUAAAUCAGGUUCUGGUAAAACAACAAUUUUAUGGAAUGUUAUAACCAAGUAUUGGAUCCCUUAUGAAAGUUUAUUAAUUUUUACCAAGUCAAUUGAUCAACCAAUUUAUCAAGAAUUACAAGAGAUAUUUGUUGGAAUAGAUAAAAUUGAAUCACAUUUCUACGAUAAUUGUGAUGAUAUAAUUAAUGUAGAUGAAUGUAAACCAAAUAGUCUAGUUAUUUUUGACGACUGCAUUUUAGAAAAACAACAAACAAUUAAGGAUUAUUUUGUUAGAUCUAGACCAAAAAAUAUUUCUUGUAUUUAUUUAACUCAGUGUUAUAGCAUAGUCGAUUUACAAGUAAUUAGAACAAAUUCUAAUUUUCUAAUUAUUUUCAAACAGUCUCAACAUUACGUCAGAAAGAUAUGGGAAGAUUUUAUAACAGAAAUGACACUUAAAGACUUUUAUACAUUUUGUAGACAAGGAUGGGAACAUGACUACGGUUUCGUUUGCAUCGAUUUGAAAAACAAUAAAUUUUACAACAAGUUUGAAAAAGUUUCACAAUGA